CUUGCAGCCAUUGUCUCAUAUAGAUAACCUUCUGCAGUCAGCUUAUGAUCAAGGGGACAAAUAAGAUCAUGCCAACUCUACUCCAUGUACUGCUGGUGUCACAGACUCACCUCUGCGGCAGUAUGCCCUGCCUUUGCUGUGUACUUAAAUCUGCUGGAGGAUGAUGCAUGGGCAUGCACGACAUUAGAUUCUAUUACUGUUUGUUUGGCUCACGAUAAUGAUCACAGAAAAGUGGAACAAGCACUGUUGAAAAAAGAGGCCAUUCAGAAUUUAGUGAAGUUCUUCCAAGAUUGCCCAGAACAGUUUUUUGGCCAUAUAUUGGACGCUUUCUUGAAGAUAAUAACGAAAUCUUCUAGGCUAAAUACAGCAAUGGCUACCAAUGGUUUAACAACAUUGCUCAUUGCAAGACUUGACCAUUCAAAUUUGGUGGUCACAAAAGUGUGGAGACUUGAAUUCAUAUAAUGUUAGGCUUAACAUUAGUGCAAACAGUUGUAUUUUAGUUUAGAUUUAGAGUACACUUAUGUGUGCGUUGUUUGAUAAUGCUUAUUUAUGAUAUAUUGAAUGGUACUUAUUUAUAUUA